GUGUCCCUAUGCGCAGAGGACCUGGAUAACUCUGGAGGAGAAAGGUGUGCCCUACACUCGCACACUUGUAAACGUCCGGAAUGCCACGGAGCGAGAGUGGUACGUGAAGAACAUCAAUCCUCUGGGAAAGGUUCCGUCUAUUCGUGACUUGACGGACGGAACCGUUCUGUACGAGUCGGAGAUCAUCAACGAGUACCUCGAGCAGAAGUUCGAUUCUGGACCCGCCUUGAUGCCGCCUUCUGCAGCUGGGGCCGCCAAGGUCAGACUCUGGAACCACCACUUGAACAACAAGUUAGCACCAGCGCAUUUCACCUUCUUGAUGAACAAGAAUGAGACUGCAGAGCCUCAGAAGAUUCAGGCCUUGGAGGAGGCUCUGCAAUACUACGAGGACAAUUUGAAGGGCCCCUUCCUGCUUGGGGACGAGUUCACACUGGCCGACGUCAGUGCCCUUCCAUUUUUCGAGCGUCUCAUCUUCUCUUGUCGACGCUUCAAGGAGUAUGAGAUCCCGGCGAGGAUGGAGCGCCUCCGCACCUGGCUCGACAAAGCCAUGAGCCAGCCCUCCUUCGUAGCGACGAAGAGGCCAGAGGAGAAGUUGGAGGAGGUCUAUCAACGGUUUCUCGCCGUCAACUACACGUUUGGCGGCUUGAACCGGAACUAA